UUAACCCUUCUCUCUUUCAGUUGUGUUCGUUAACAAAAAUUUAGGGUUUCUACUUAGUCUCUGAAUCCAUAGUACUUUGCUCUGUUACGUUCAAUUUGAAGUCCCAGAUAUCAGAUUGUCUCCAAAGUUAGGAGUAGUCAUCAAAUUUAUCUAGUUUCAUUUGUGGUCGCGGAUACAUAAGCUUCUUUUUGAUGGGUUCAAUGGCCCGUGAAUGGACUGGGAUUCAGCAGUUUCCUCUUGCCACACAGACUAAGUUGCUGGAACUUCUGGGGAAACUAAAGGAGAAGGAGAGGGACAGUUUGACUAUCCUUGUAAUGGGAAAGGGUGGUGUUGGGAAAUCUUCAACGGUGAACUCUAUUCUUGGGGAACGAGCAGUCUCAGUCAGUGCCUUCCAGUCAGAUGUGCCAAGACCUGUAAUGGUUUCCCGUGAGCGGUCAGGGUUCACGUUGAACAUCAUUGACACGCCAGGCAUUGUUGAAGGAGGAUAUGUCAAUGACCAGGCCCUCGACCUCAUCAAAAGAUUUCUCUUGAACAAAACAAUAGAUGUUCUGUUAUAUGUAGACCGGCUGGAUGCCUACAGGGUGGAUAACUUGGAUAGGCAGAUUGUUAAGGCCAUAACGGAGAGUUUUGGUAAAGAAAUGUGGCGUAAAGGAAUAGUAGUGCUAACACAUGCUCAGCUCACACCACCAGAUUGCCUUAGUUAUGACAAUUUCUUCGCAAGAAGAUCAGAGGCUCUCCUUAAAGUUGUUAACUCUGGGGUUCGGUUCAAGAAACGUGAAAUUAAGGUGCAUGCAGUUCCUGUUGUCUUGGUUGAGAACAGCAGCAGGUGUAAUAAAAACGAUAGCGAUGAGAAGAUUCUUCCAAAUGGAACUGCUUGGAUUCCCAGCAUAGUCGAAACUAUCACCAAAGUUGCUACCAAUGAAAGCAAAAGCAUUUUGGUUGACCAAAAGUUGAUCGAUGGUCCAAACGCGAAUGAUAGGGGGAAACUGUUCAUUCCUCUCAUCUUAGCAUUCCAAUACUUCUUUGUUGUCAAACGAGUUCAAAAAUGGAUUACGGAUGAUAUUGAAAAAGCACCCAAGUCUCCCUGGGAAUGAGCCGUUGUUGCGUUGCUACUUGUUUCUUGGUUGAACCUUGUUUGUAUCAAUGAGUUAGAGACAGUUGUUCGGGCGGUUUUUCAUAAUAUUGUGUAACGUGGAAAAUAACUUCUGUUAUGUAGACGUUUUUUUUAUCGAUUCAAUGAUCUUUAUGGCAUUACGCAUUUCUGGGA